CCCUCGCGUGUGGCACGGAGCACAGCGCGGAGUGGCGCGCCUCCUCACUCGGCCACAGUCCCUGUGUUGUUGGGUGCACGCUCCCCGCUGUACGUACGGGCGCGCGCCCCCGUGCCCGCGCGCGCGUGUCUGUGUGUGUGUGUGUGUGUGUGCUCUGCUGUUGCUGCCCUUUGAUCCCUGCAUUAGUGUUAGUUAGGGGCUCGGAGACACACACAUACACAGAGAGCAGCCAUAGUCAAGACACAGCAACACCAGCACCACCGCCUCCUCCUGCUGCCGCCGCUGCUCCCGCUACCCACUGCACACUCCAAACCCGGGGACAGCCAGGUGCACGACAAGUCCCUGCCAUCAGACACUCGCACAUCAUUUCCAUGGAGAACAUCUUUUUUCACCUUAUCCCUAAAACACGGAGGAGCAUGUAAUUAAACAGGGGUGAAAAUGCCCAGGAGGAAGCAGGAGCAGCCCAAGCGCCUGCCUUCGCAUGGUGAUCGAGGAGAAGGAAUAGAGGAAGCUGAGCCGGUGGAAGAUGACAGCUGGUUUGGGAACACAUCAGAUACCCCGUCGGAGUCGUCCUUUGGGGAUAUUCAGGAUGACCUCAGGGUGUCUCCCAUUGGCCAUCAGCAGGAUGCCGAUACUUCUACCGAGAGUUCCCUGGGCUGCCCCACUCCUGUGCAAGGAAACUGCUUGGAGCUGCUGGGGAACGACAGUGAUGUGUACAAACCGGGGGUGUUUACUUCAAAGGACCACAUCUCCUCUGUGGUGUCAUCGCUGUAUGGAGACGGUUCCCAGGUGCUCAGUAAGCCCCUAAGCAGUAAUCUGAGACGUUUACUGGAGGCCGGUUCUCUCACCCUCGAUGUGAGUGAUCUGGCGCUGAAGGGAAGAGGCAUCGAUUCUCCACCAGUAAACAUUGGGGUCCAGCCUUGCUCUUUCACCCUCCUCCAUCAUGCCCAGCAGUUAAGUGCCCUUGCUCGGAAGUUGGCCAGUUCAGCUUCUGCUGUUGCCUCACCUACUUCAGCUUCUUCAGAUGUUAUCAAGCAGGAGCCCUGUGAUUCUUUUGUUCCCAACAGUAGCAGCAGCAGCAGUCCUGCUGGAAGUGGUUUGUUUGGGGGCAGCCAUGAAAAGUGGCCUCCCAGCAGUGCAGCUCCCAACAGCAAUAGCCUUUCACCCGAUUCUGCCAUUCAGAAACUUAAGGCGGCCGCUAAUGCAGUCCUUCAGAAUAAGAAUGUUGCCGUGUCCUCCUCCUCCUCCUCCUCCACAACCUCACUAGUUGGAGGGAGACCCGAUGAGAACAUACGCUUUGAUGCCUUUGCUUCCCCCUUUAGCCCACAGUCAGCCAGCUCCACACUUGCAGCCUUGUCAAAAAAGGUAAGCGAAAGGGGCCUUGCAUCUGGCCAGGGGGAACAUCAGCCCCCUGCCAGCUCCUUUCUCUCCCUGGUCUCCAUGACCUCCUCGGCAGCUCUACUUAAGGAGGUGGCAGCUCGGGCAGCAGGAAACCUUCUGGCAGACAAAAAAGAGCCUCCACUUGUGGGACUGGCAGAGGAAGUCAAGCCACUGCUGGACAAAAACCCGAAGAUCGCCGCGCCAUCACAGACCCUGGAGCUUCUGCUGCCGUCCCCUGCAAAAGGAAGGACUAAAAUGAGCAACCAAGGAGUGGCUCCAGAAGACGGAGGGAAGCCUUUUCAGUGCCCGGUGUGUGGUCUGGUCAUUAAAAGGAAGAGUUAUUGGAAACGUCAUAUGGUUAUUCAUACAGGUCUCAAGAGUCAUCAGUGCCCACUCUGUCCCUUCAGAUGUGCCCGCAAAGACAAUCUCAAGUCACACAUGAAGGUUCACCAGCAUCAGGACCGAGGGGAAACCUUUCAGUGUGAACUCUGCCCUUUCACCUCAUCUCGGCACUUCAGCCUCAAGUUGCACAUGCGGUGUCAUCAGCACUUUCCCCGCACAGAGGUGAAGGUGAAGGAAGAGGCGACAACGGACACAGAGGGUGAGGGCUCACUGCUUGGAGACCCAGAAGUGAGAUCACAAGGACAGAGCACCCCAGGGCCUGAUGGAAUGCCGCAGCAGCUUCACUCCGCUGAGACGCCUAAUCACAUUCACGUUUCAAUCAAGGAAGAGCCACAAGAAAGAGAUAUUGCACUUCUGUCCUUCCCCUUGGGCCACGACCGGUCCUCCAACAACAAGAAGCCUCAGGAUUCUGCCAGCAUCAACACAAAGCUUAGCAGCCCCACUGCCUCCAUAUUCAAUCCGGACAUCUCCACAAAGACGGCAACUGAUUUGCUAAUUAAACUUUCAGCCGCCAAUCAGAAAGACAUGCCAAAGCCUCAUUUCACAGUGAAGGAGGAGCCAUUGCCAGAAGCAUCCCAGAGUCCUUUGUUGCUACACAACCAGUCUACCUUUGUGCUGUGUCCAGAGUCUGCCGCAGGUUUGCCACCGGAGAGAGCCUUGAAGAUGACAGAGGGCAGCCCUCUGUCCAAGAGCAACCUGCUGAAUCAAGAUAUCAAUGUCAAGGUCGCCUCUGAGCUGCUGAUGAAGCUUUCAGCAGAAAACAGCAAAGAGAUAAAUACAAAAAAGACAACAGUGAAAGAAGAGCCCAUGGAAGUGGACAUUCCCAGUGAAUCUCCUGCCCCUCCUCACAUUCUUGGCUUUGGCACUUUACUGGAUGAAGAGAAAAGCGAACCUGUCCAAGACCUACCUGAUGCAAUGGUGUGCCCUCAAAAAGACCUUUUCUCCCAAGAUAUAUCAGUUAAGAUGGCAUCAGAGUUGCUCUUUAAACUGUCAGAGAAAGUGAACAAAGCAAAUGACCAUAAAGACAACCAUAUCCUUAACAUGAGCAGUCCCAGCCCUUUCCUUAAUGACAGCUUCAGACAAUCACCCUUUAACUCCAGUGCAAAGGACCUCUUACCGCACGAACCAGGAAGGACGACUCUCCAAGACUCUGAAAAGAUGAGCCGUGUGUCUGGAAAUGGUGUGCCACAGUGGAAGCUGAGCGAGCAGCUCUUUCCGUGCAAUAUCUGUGGGAAAGUGUUUGGAAGACAACAGACACUUUCUCGACACAUAUCUCUACACACUGAGGAGAGGAAAUACAAGUGUCAUUUGUGCCCUUAUGCUGCCAAGUGCCGUGCCAACCUCAACCAGCACUUAACGAUCCACUCAGUGAAGCUCGUGAGCACAGACGCAGAUGAGAUUGUGAGCGCCGUCACAGCAGAAAGUAGCGAUCGCAAAAACUACCCCUACUACUACAGCUGUCACGUGUGUGGUUUUGAGACGGAGCUCAAUGCCCAGUUUGUCAGCCACAUGUCACUCCAUGUAGACAAGGAGCAGUGGAUGUUCUCCAUCUGUUGCUGCACUUGUGAGUUUGUGUGCACCGAAGAAGGGGAGAUGAAGACGCACAUCAGCGGAGGUCAUACAGGUCACAACUCUAAAAGCCCUUUAAGUGAGACAAAGAGCACAUCCUCUGUGCUGUCAGCGCUCAGCGAUUCUGUCAACGGCUCCGACUGCAGCGAAGUCGUCCAGGGCAACGAGGAGCUCAAGAGUCUGCUGGCCCCGCCCCUCCCAUCGUGCACUCCAUCCAGCCUGGGCAGCCAGUCAGGGUCAGGGACGGAGGAGAAAUCUGAGAAAGGUUUCGAAUGCGUCUUUUGCAACUUUGUUUGCAAGACAAAGAUGAUGUACGAGAGGCACCUGCAGAUCCACUUGAUCACGCGCAUGUUCGAGUGUGACGUCUGCCACAAGUUCAUGAAAACCCCUGAGCAGCUGCUGGAGCACAAGAAGUGCCAUACGGUCCCGACUGGAGGGCUCAAGUGCCCCUUCUGCAUCUACUCAACUAACCGGCCCACCGCAAUGGAGUGCCACUUGAAAACGCACUAUAAGAUGGAGUACAAGUGUCGCAUCUGCCAGGCGAUGAAGUCCAACCAGCUAGAGCUGGAGAUGCACAUCCGCGAGCACCGGCUUGGCAACCACUAUAAGUGUGAGCAGUGUGGCUACCUGUCCAAGACCGCCAAUAAGCUCAUCGAGCACGUCCGCGUGCACACUGGCGAGCGGCCCUUUCACUGCGACCAGUGCAGCUACAGCUGCAAGCGCAAAGACAACCUCAACCUGCACAAAAAGCUGAAGCACGCACCGCGCCAGACCUUCAGCUGCACUGAGUGCUCGUUCACCACAACUCACCCCUUCGUGUUCAGCCGCCACAUCAAGAAACACCAGAAUGGAGAGUGUCUGGAGGACGAGCAACAGCGCAAGAGCAAGGAGGCGUUUCUGGUGAGCAGCAGUGGCAGCAGCAGGAACAGCAGCCCACUCUUGAGCUUGUCUGCCUCCCAGGCGCUGCAGUCGGUCGCCCUCUCUGUAACUGGGAAGCAGCAGCAGCGGCAGCAGCAGGAGGUGGACCUGGACCUCCAAGUCCUCCUGGCCAAUGGUACCUCCAUUUCCUCCCACUAUGAGAAGUACAGGAACUGUGAUUUGGCACAUCUCAUCCCGCUCACCACACUCUUCCCAGCCACGCAGUUAGGCAUCAGGAGCAGCCACACAUUCCAGCCUUCUAUGCCUUCCUUUCUCAGGCGGCAGUCUGCCUCUUCCUGUCCUUCCCCGGCGCCCAGUUCUCUCAAACACUCCUUUCUGGCAUAUCUCGGGCUCACGGAGAAGGCUGACAAUGCGUGAUCCUUCAUCCCGGCCACACUUAAACCGCUGCAUGCCUCCCGAGAAGGGGGAGCUUUUAGGGUCACGUUCUGGACAGAGCGACAGCCAAGCCAAAGGAAAGAAAAGAAACGCAAGCUACAAGAAUGGAACCACGUGGGUCAAACGUUGCCGCUUCCUUCUGCAUUCGCCUCGUCCCGUUGAAUCAGCAGCACUACCCAAUGACUCGAUUUCAUUGUUCAUUUUUUUUUUUUUUAAACCCAGGAAUGGACUCCCAUUUUGCCACACAGGUCCUUUUUCACCUUAUGAAGGAAGCUAAAUGUGGAUCACUAGUAGUGGGGUCUCUCGAAGCUGUUCAAACAAAUCUCUACAAAACGAAGAUUUGUGAAAUUCCUCGCAUUCUCACCAGUAUUCCGAAUCCAUGCUGCUUUUGAUACGGUGCUAUAACCAUAGAGCCUGCCGACUCCAAGGCCCAUGCGUUCAUUGAGAUGAUUGUCACCUUCCCGUGUCUGAGAGGCGCUUUGACUUCCAUGAGCACUUAGCAUCAGUCGGCUUCUGAAGCUUGUCUGUAACGUCCGUCGCUUUGAACCGCACACUACGGUGGGCAUCUCUUCCUCUCUUCUACAUUUCCUCCUUGCUGGAAACGGUGAGAUGUUGCUUGCCAUAUGAUGGACGCUGUUGAACUGAAUGCUGCUGCCUCACCAGGCUGAUGGCAGGCGAAAGAAAAGGAACUGUGCAGAAAAUGGAAAGCUGCUGUUGAGGAUCUAAAAGACGUCCCCAAGCUAAACGUUAAGCACUAGAAAAGAAGGGAAAAACCAAGUUUUCCCUUAAAACGCUGUUAUUGCACCCAAAAAAGCCAAGGACUGCUUAAAAAAAACAAAAACAAAAACAAGAAAACAGGUACAAGUGCAGCAACUGCUGUUGAUCUUUCUUUUUUUAAGCCUUUUUAGGCCCCUGUUUAAAACGCAGAAGUUCAUAUGUAUAUAAUAUAUAUGUUCAGCCCCGCCCCUUCCGGAACGGUCCAUUCUGGGCCGUGUCUCAUGACGUUUGAAUUUUAAGACUAAGGUAAGUUAGUGGGAGAGGAAACCUGGGCUUUUGUGCUCAGGCUAAAUUAAAACGGCAGUUUUGCACAGUGCUUUAGUCUUGCACUAUUUUGUAUUUGUCCAGUUUAAAAAAGAAAAAAAAAUGGAAAAAAAGAAAGAAAGAAAACUGGGUUUCCAUAUUUUAAUAUUCAUGACGAGGGUGACUGAUGAUGAGCAUGCAACGGCACCACCGACACUUUUUAGUUUUUAGCACUUACCUGGAUGGUCUGCAGUCUAAAAACCCGGGCAGAGGAUCCCCCCUUUUUAGGGAAGUGUGUUGGGGGGGCCAACAAGCUGCUUCUACUUUGGUUGAGGAAGUACAUCUUUGUCUGUAAGGGCAGCUCCACAAAAAAUGUGGCCCAAUGUCCCAGUAGCACUUCAAUAGGCUGAACCCACCUAACAUUCAGAAACACAAGCGGGACGCCUCACCCGGGGGUACCCGGUGCUGCUUAGAAUGGCCUCCGGCUCCCCUUGACCCCGAAUUAGGGUUAAACACAUUGGGUCAUGUGUGGAUGGGUGGGCAUGCGCUAUAUGGAUAACACCCGUUUCAUUACUGUGGUCGUGCCAUUGUGUUUUGGUAAUGGCAGUUAGAGACACUCGAGGGACCACAGCACUUUUAAUAGAAGGAAAAUCGAGGGGCUUACAACAGAAUAUAGAAAAAUGGGGGCUGCAGCCUGCCCAGUGCUGUCAGGGUGGUCUCUGUGCCCCACUGUGACCCUGAAGUGGAUUAAGUAGAUUUGAGAAUGCUGUGUUAUAAUAGAAUUU